GAUGAGAAUUCUAGUCUGUUAAGAUUAUAUUUGGUGCUUAAAUUUUGAAAUGAGUGAUGCUGAGCUGCAGGAAGAAGAAAGAGAAGUCCUACUUUCAAUUUAUGACGGUGAUGCUGCAUUCAAACAGCUCAGCCCUACGACAUACCAGUACAAGUACGGGGAAAAUGAUGAUGUGAAAUCAUUUUUGCUGGAAAUAACCUGGGGACCCAAUUAUCCGACGGAGAAACCAAUUAUCAAUAUGAACACAUUUUACAACAAACAUGUUGUGCAAGGUGUGAAGGAUAAAGUAGCCGCAUAUGUUGAUGCUGAGGCAGAGCAAUGGUUGGGAUCUGCAAUGACGUACACAUUGUUCCAAUCUGUCCAGGAAAACCUAGCAGAGUUAAUCAUAGAUCAACCAGACUCUAUAGAAGAAAUUGAAUCGGAUGUCAACAAGAUCUCAAUCACAGAUGAAAACAUUCAGGAUGAGUCAUCGAAAAAAGUAAAAAAAGAACAGCUCACCAAGGCACAAAAACGACGACAAUGGAAUCGAGCAGAUGGUAAAGGAGAAAAGCCCAGAGGAUGGGACUGGAUGGAUAUAGUGAAACACUUGUCUCAAACUGGUUCCAAGCAAGAAUGCGAAUCUUAGCACAUACUCUCAGUCAUUUGUAUAGCUAAAUUUUCUGACCGACUAUAUUUUUAUAAAUUUCCAGCCAUGAACACGUUUCAAGAAUGAACAAAAUACUUGUUCUUGAAACGUGUUUUCAUAAAUUUGCAAAAAUAAUUAUCAUCUAUUAACUGAUCAAAAUAAGAGUGCAAUGCAUAUAGAAAACAACAAAACUGGAUUGUUCAAAGCAUGUGAGAAUGAUCAACAAUAUUGUAUUGAAAACUUUUAAUUAGUCGGUACAAUACAAUACAGUUGAUGUUACAAUAUAACAUGUACUCGUAC